AUGUCCACCACCACGACAGACGCCUUCUUCCUCGCCCUCGCCGCCUCAACACCGCUCCCCACUCCAGAAUCCGCAAAGCAACCGGUUGCCCCCGAGCCCACCGCAUUGCAUCGUGGUCGUCGGCCGCAAACGCGGUCUCAAACCAGCACGCUUCCCAAGGCCUUGAAACUCCAACUCCACCUAAAACUCGACUUUCCGCCUCCUGUUCUCCCGCACAGCAGCAAGAAGCGCAAACCAAACUUUACUAUUUUCGUCGACGCAGACGCAUCUACAUCUACAUCUCCAUCGACACACAUCCCCGCAACACCCCUCUUCACGCCCAAGCGCUCCAAAACAAGCACACCACGAACUCCACUCAGCGACCGCACCUACUCUUCCAACUCGACGCCCGCGCCGUCGCCCCGGCUGCCCGACACGCCGUUUACGCUGUCGAGCGCCGAUCCGUACUGGGAGGAUAUUGAGAAUUACAGUGUGGGUAGCAGGACGGGUAUGAUUUCACCAGCUGCAACGUCAACAGCAACGUCGUCGUCGUCAUCGCCACUGGUUUCCUCAUCUUCGUCUUCGUCUUUGGCUUUGUCUUGGAUUUCCACGGGUGCUGCUGCAUCAGGAGAAUUUGCAUCUACAUUUACAUCUACCACGCGCUCCCUCCGCCCCCGCACAAACCCCUCUUCCUCUCCGUCCAACCUCCUUCCACCAGUCAACAUGCUUGUGUACAACAUGCUGGGCCUGAACUCAUGGCGCGUAUCCUCCGAUGCCAUCGCAAGCGCAUACCGGCGGCGGGCUGCGACUCUGCAUCCGGAUAAAGCGGCACCGUGGGAGCGCGAGCUGGCCAAUCUGACCAUGCAGCAACUUAAUGCGGCGAAGGAGUUGCUUAUGGAUCGUAGAGCGAGGGGCAAGUAUCAUCGGGAUGGAGUGGUGCCUUGGGUUGUUUGA